UACACUUGACGUCAGGAUGGCUGUCGUCGUUUUGACGUGUAAACACUCAUUUCCAUUCCGGCUCCGGAGGGUCUGUGAGCCUCGGGCAGCCGCGCCGGCAGGCAGGCAGGGCUCCGCUCCGCGCUAUCGCGUAGCAACGCGGCGCCGCAUCCCGCCCGCAUCCCGCCCGCCCGCAUCCCUCCCGCGUCCCGCGGCCAUGGCCGGGCGGCGCUGGGCCGGCCGGUGCGCGGCCCUGGCCGUGCUCCUGGCAGCCUGGUCCCUGCCCCGAGGAGGCUGCGCCGGGCGGCUCUUCCUCAACGAGUGGGCAGCGGAGAUCCCGGCCGGCCCCGACGCUGCCAGAGCCAUCGCGGACGAGCUGGACUACGACCUGGUGGGGCAGAUUGGAUCACUGAAAAACCACUACUUAUUCAGACAUAAGAGUCACCCAAGACGGUCCCGGAGAAGUGCUAUUCAUAUCACUAAGAGACUUUCUGAUGAUGAGCGGGUGUCAUGGGCAGAGCAGCAGUAUGAAAAAAAGCGAACUAAGCGUGCCGCCGUGAGAGACUCAGCAGAAAGCCUUUUCAACGACCCUAUGUGGAAUCAGCAGUGGUAUCUGCAAGAUACAAGAAUUACUCCUUCCCUGCCCAAACUGGAUCUCCAUGUUAUUCCUGUGUGGCAGAAAGGAUUCACAGGCAAGGGAGUUGUCAUCACAGUCCUAGACGAUGGAUUGGAGUGGAAUCACACUGACAUCUAUGCUAACUAUGACCCAAAGGCAAGUUACGAUUUCAACGACAAUGAUCAUGAUCCCUUUCCUAGAUAUGACCCAACAAAUGAAAACAAGCAUGGGACACGGUGUGCAGGGGAAAUUGCCAUGCAAGCCAACAACAGAAAAUGUGGAGUUGGAGUAGCCUACAACUCCAGGGUUGGAGGUAUACGAAUGCUGGAUGGAAUAGUCACCGAUGCUAUCGAGGCCAGUUCAAUCGGUUUCAAUCCAGAACAUGUGGAUAUUUACAGUGCAAGCUGGGGCCCUAAUGAUGAUGGCAAAACUGUGGAGGGACCUGGGAGACUGGCACAGAAGGCUUUCGAGUAUGGGAUAAACCAGGGUCGAAAUGGGAAAGGCUCCAUUUUCGUGUGGGCUUCAGGGAACGGAGGCCGUCAGGGUGACAACUGCGACUGUGAUGGUUACACUGAUAGCAUCUACACCAUCUCCAUUAGCAGCGCUUCUCAGCAAGGGCUUUCUCCCUGGUAUGCAGAGAAGUGCUCUUCAACUCUGGCCACAGCAUACAGCAGCGGGGAUUAUACUGACCAAAGAAUUACAAGUGUUGAUCUUCACAAUGAAUGUACAGAAACUCAUACAGGAACUUCUGCAUCUGCACCUCUGGCAGCAGGAAUUUUUGCUCUGGCGCUGGAAGCAAACCCAGAUCUAACGUGGAGGGAUAUGCAGCACUUGGUAGUGUGGACCUCAGAAUAUGAUCCACUGGCUGGAAAUCCAGGAUGGAAAAAAAAUGGAGCAGGACUAAUGGUCAACAGCCGAUUUGGGUUUGGGCUACUCAAUGCCAAUGCCUUGGUGGAUUUAGCCGAUCCCAGGAGAUGGAAAAGUGUACCAGAAAAGAGAGAAUGUAUUGUCAAAGACAAGAGCUUUGAGCCCAGAUUAUUAAGAGCAAAUGAAGAAGUAAUUAUCGAAAUUCCCACAAAAGCCUGCGAGGGUCAAGAGAACUCCGUUGCAUCUCUGGAGCACGUGCAGCUUGAGGCAACAAUUGAGUAUUCCCGUAGAGGUGAUCUGCACGUCACUCUGGUUUCUCCAUCAGGGACCAGCACUGUCUUACUGGCUGAGAGAGAGAGGGACAAAUCUCCCAAUGGCUUCAAGAAUUGGGAUUUCAUGUCUGUCCACACAUGGGGGGAAAAUCCAGCAGGCACCUGGAUUUUAAGGAUUACUGAUAUGUCCAGACGAAUACAAAAUGAGGGUAGGAUUGUAAACUGGAAAUUGAUUUUGCAUGGCACUGCUACCCAGCCUGAACACAUGAAGCAGCCACGUGUGUAUACAUCCUACAAUGCUGUGCAGAAUGACAGAAGAGGAGUGGAGAAGAUGACGGAUCUUGUUGAGGACCAUACCACACUGGAGAGCCUGAGUGAAAAACCCAAGGCCACAGAAGACACCAGCAGCAGCAGUGACAAAGAAGAAGAUAAAAUCCCAUCAGAAGCCAUGCUGCAUUUACUGCAAAGUGCUUUCAGCAGACAGAUGGAUCAGAAGCAGCUGCCAAAGAAGACUGCAAGCGAGAAGUUAAACAUUCCAUACGAACACUUCUAUCAAGCCCUCAAAAAAUUGAACAAGCCUUCCCAGUUAAGAGGCUCAGAAGAAAGUCUGUACAGUGACUACGUUGAUCUUUUUUACAAUGCCAAACCUUACAAGCAUAGAGAUGAUAGACUGCUGCAAGCUUUGGUUGAUAUCAUAAAUGAAGGAAAUUAACUGUAGGGUAUGGCACUGAGUUGGAAAUAUUCGUUCUCCCCACCUGUAGUUUUUUUUUCCAAAGUCUGUGUAUGCUCUAGUUGUGUGAUUGCUGCUUUGAUCGCUUCAUAUUUAAUACAAAUAUCAAGGAAGGGAAAAAACGGGUGUGAGGGGAUAAGACAGGAAAAUUACGUUUUUUAGUAUUACCUUUUUUCAAAACCUUUCUUCAGAGUAGAUUUGCCCCCCCAGGCAUGAAAUGCAAUAGUACCCCCCUGAAAACCCUAAUACUCUAUUUUAAACUAUUUUCACAUUACUUAUCUUCCACCCUCUUCACUUAAGCAUGCAGUAGGAUUCAAAACCUGAAUUACCAACCAGUUUUGAACCAAACUGCCAAAGCUACGGGGAUAUAUUCUCAUCCAUAGAUUUGUCAUGAAUAUUGCAGUCUUUGUUAUAUUUGUCAUUUAUUCCGAUUUAAUACUUGCAGCCAGUACUGCUUCUGUCAUUGGUGUUUUGUUCCUUCUCCAAACAAUGCUCCCUUGCCCUUCUGUUCUCCUGUAGAGGAACAUCUGGGAGGCUGGGGUUGGACUGGGGCAUCAGUGAACACUGAUGAAGUUAUUCACAAUUUAGACUACAGUCAGAAACACACUAAUAAAAAAGAGCCCCCACUGAGGCAUCCCAGACCAUGGGGUGGCAUUCUCGCCAGAAGACUCGGAACUUACCCAAGUGAAGUGCCUGAAUUAUGAGCCUGGUCUUUCUAGGCUGUAUGUGUUUAAUGAGGACAGAGUCUCACUUCAGAGCACUUGGCUUUCUUUUCAUGAGUUAUGAAUCACCUGAUGGAGUACUGAUCUAUUUGUGUCCAUUACAUGAGCUUUGGGCUCCAACCUCCUACCUGUCUCCAGGUCUCCGAAGCAGUACAAAGCUGCCUUCUGAGAUGCCCACAUCUGCAAGCAGCCAAGCCAAGCAGAACAGAGAGGCUAGCUGUUGCAGAAAACUCCACCCAAAGACUGUAAAAUUCCCAAAAUAUCUAGAAAGACGAGGCAAAAUUGUCUGAGAUUUAAAAAAAAAAAUAGUACCCUGGGAAGGGUGAGCAUGGCAUGUGGAGUGGGAGGAAGAGGUUGAGGCAAAGGUGGCUGUCAGAAAGCAACUAGGGUGAGCAACCCCCUAACAUUAGCACAUACCACAUGCCUCUUUAACAAGAGUCAAAAUUAUAUAUUAUUUUGUUUCUAAUAAUUGAAAAAAAAAAAAAAAGCCAUGUUGGAUGCUCAGAAAAGCUGGGGAAUCUAGAACAAGGAAAUGAAGAUUCCCAGGGGAUAGUUAUCUCAUCGAAGUGCUAAAGAAAACUCAAAAAAGUGCUGACUGCUUUUUAUUUUUCUUCCUCUUGCCUACUAUUGAAAUGUGUUUUGCAGACUGACUCUCUAGAAAUAUUUGAUUAGAUUAUUUUUCACUGUCUAUUCCUUAAAAUAUGCAAGUGUCUCUAAGACAGGAAUUUUACAUUUUGCUCAUAAUACAUCAGUUCAAAUAGAAGUUUUUCAAACUUCACACUAAAUCCUGUAAUUUAAAGGCAAACCUAUUUACUGUAACUAAGAAUUCUGUGGAAAAAAAGGACUUCUCUAAAGACAACCUUGAAAUUUUCUUACCAAACGUAAGAUUUAAAAAACAUUCUUUGUGGUGACUUCAUGCCUAUCUUGGGCUUAGCCUGCCUUUUUGCCAGUUUUAAGGAUUCUUUAAUACUCUUCUAGUCAGCAGUUGACGGAUAAUAUCUCUGCUAUUGAAUGCCACCUGUACUGAAUCGCUCCCUCUCUACUAAGAAAUUUGCUUAGGAAGAGAAACAAAUUAAAAAAAAAAGAAAAAUAAUUCCUGCAAGUGGUCCAGAUCAGAAAGCUUUCCCUUUGCUGUCCUUUUCAGGCAAAAAGCUUUCUGGCAAUGCAUAACUAAUGAACAAGCAAACCAUGAAAAAUUCUAAUUGCUGCUAUUACAGAAUGAGAGCACUUACUUUCACUAAUGUUUAAUUUUCAGAAUAGACUCAUAUGGCAAGGUAAGGGCCACUUUUAGUCCUGUGCAAUGAAGCUUAGAGGCUGGUUCCCUCAGAUAACAACAAAUUUAGCCAGUCCUCAUUCAGGUAUAUUACAGUGAGGAAAGUACUAACAACACUCCAUCAGGCCUUGAAAGAAAUGUUCAGGUUAAAAGGGUGGGAAACAAAAGACCCUCCUUUGUUUUAAGAUCAGUUCCUAUGCUGCAGCCAAAGUUUCAACAGAUGACAAGUUUAAAAUCUCUCUUUUGAAUGUUUCCAACCCAGAUCAGCUUGUACAGGAAUAAAUUAUUUUUAUUGUUAGUCUUUCCUUGGUGCCUGUGUGGGUUUUGUGAAAAAUGUAAAAGUAAAAAAAAAAAAAGUUUUCUCUCAGAAUUUUAAAUUAUAUUUUCGUUACAGGUAUUUAUAAUAUAGCAAAGAUUUUAUUGAACAGACAGAAUUUUAAAAGGCAUAAUAAAUUAUAUUGAAGAACCAGAUUUUUUCUUGAGAAAGAGACAAUUUCAUCCAAUAAACGUAUUUUUUAAAAGGCAUGUUACAACGGCAACUGCAACAUGUAUGUGAUGUGAUGUUAAAAUUUGUCUACUAGUAGCAUAAUACAAUGUGUUAGCAGAGCUCA